GCGUUGAUGAAUAGUACAUUAUCACAGUAGGAGGAUUUUGGAAGAACCACAAAAGCAAAAAUGGCUUCUUCUCUCAUGGCUACUCAAACCACUCUUCUUCUCCGCAACCACCGCAUCGACGCCGCCUUCCCUCUCCCCUCACCCCGCUCUCACCUCCAUCUCUCCAUCUCUAAACCCAUUUUUCUCCCCUUUUCCCCUCUCCCUAAACCCUUCAAUUCCAGAAUAUCCGCCUCCAUCUCCGCAGCGCCAAUAGCCAAUGUUCCGAAACCGCCUCCGGAAAUCCUAACCGGCGCGACCCGGACCGUCACGACGCUAGUCGCCAUCGGUCUCACCGCCUCGAAAUUCCUCGCCCACGGACUCCUCAAUCUGGCGGUGCAAUUGAGGGAGCCUCUGCUCCUCAGCGCGGGGCCCGCCUUCUUCGCGGCGGCCAAGGACGUGCCGACGGGGUCGCUGAACACGCCGUUCACGGUGGUGGCGGCGGGGAUGGCGAAGUGGCUGGAUUUGUACAGCGGGGUUUUGAUGGUGCGGGUGCUGCUGAGUUGGUUCCCCAACAUCCCCUGGGACCGCCAGCCGCUCUCUGCAAUUAGGGAUUUGUGCGAUCCCUAUUUGAACCUCUUCAGGAACAUAAUUCCCCCAAUUUUCGACACGCUGGAUGUGAGCCCGCUCCUCGCCUUCGCGGUUUUGGGAACGCUCGGCUCAAUUCUCAACAGCAGCAGGCAGUCUUAUUGAUUGGGUUUUGUUGAUUGAUCAAGCUCUCAUACUUGAAUUUCUCUUUAAUGAUUGAGUUGUUCAACGAGUAUGUCUGUGAUAACGGAUGGAUGAAUUUCGAAUUGGGUAUUUCUUGAUUCGAAACUAAAGAUUGAUAAGAAUACAUCACAACUCAUGUGUAGUGUGUUUGCAUAAAUCAUACACACUGUUUCCAGCCUGCCUCUGAGUGCUUCCUAAUUUUCUUCAG